CUCAGGCCGACAUCUUGGGCAGACCUGAGCAGCGUCAGCGUCUGCGUCGGCGGAGCGGAGCGGCUCACUCUCAGCUAGCUUCUUUCCGACCUCCUCGAGUCCAGAAGACCUCCGCCAACGUUUACAUUUGUCACCUGUGAACGUCACACCUUCCGGCCAGCGGCUGGCGGCCAUUCAGCACGACGACCACGACGACUCUUAAUAUGGUUUCCACGAGAAGAUUAUGCAAGGAGUUGGAGGAAGUCCGCCAAUCGGGAUUCCGAGAAUUCCGCAACAUCGAAGUGGACGAAUCCAACAUUUUGAACUGGCAGGCUCUCAUUGUUCCUGAAAGCCCCCCGUACGACAAAGGCGCGUUCCGGGUGGAGAUCAACUUCCCGACCGAGUACCCCUUCAAACCCCCCAGGAUCACCUUCAUGACCAAAAUCUACCACCCCAACGUGGACGAGAAGGGUCACGUGUGCUUGGCCAUCAUCAGUUUGGAGAACUGGAAACCCGCCACCAGAACGUCCCAAGUCAUCCAGUGUCUGAUCUCGCUGGUGAACGCGCCGCAGCCCGAACGCCCCCUGCGGGUGGAGCUGGCCGACGAGUACACGGCUGACCGAGCGCAGUUCAUGAGGAACGCCGAGGAGUUCACCAGGAAGCACGGCGAGACCCGACCUGACAACUGACUGGCCGGCAUGCCGCCGGAACCUUCCCCUCAGCCGUGACUCGACUUCUUGGUGACUAGUCAAGAUCAACGUUGAUUGCUUGUGAACUCUUGCUCAUGCCCUAUAAAUUUUAUUUAUUAUUAUUUUUUUUUAGUUCUCUUUUCAAUGAAUCCUGCCUAGCAACAAUUGACUAAAGUGAGACUUUUUAAACAAGUGCCCAAAUGUGAAAUAUUUGUAUUUGUUUUUUUGGCGAGGGGUGGCGUUUGAUGUUUUGAAUUGAAUGAAUUGUGCCAAGCAACAAAGUGACUGCCCAAUAAUGUGACUUUUUAAAAUAAGGUGCCCAAUAGAAUUAAAUUCUGCCUAGUGAACAAGUGAAUGCAAAAUGUGAUGUUUCUGUUGUUGGAUUGAUGGGGCACCAUGAAUUCUGCCUAGUAACACGGUACAGCACAAAUGUUUUUUUUCUUUAUUGACUUUGAGGCACCAGAGAUUGUGGCAUAAGAAUUGUGUCUCGGAACAAGUUGCUGCUCAGACGUGUAUUUUAUCAAACCGACCUUUUCUAGUGUUUGGGAUGUUUUGUCUUUGUGGUGCCUCCGCAAACGUGAAAUAUGAAUAAAAAUGGUCCAUGCAU